GCGGAGGAUGCGCUGAGCGGGCGCGGGAGGCGGCGCGGCCGCGGCAGAUGUAUUGCACCAGACUUCCAGAUGAGAGGAUAAGACUAUGAGUGAAGAGUGCCCUGGAGAUCGAAUGCACUUCUUUUCCUGCCUCAGAGCUGGAUUGAUCUGAGAACAGUAAUUAUGAGGCUGACAUGUAUGUUCUCCUUCAUCUUGCUGUUUGGAGCAGUUGGACUCGUUGUCUUCAUUCACCUGCAGGAUCCAGAAGAGAUAGUUCAUCAGCAGACACCAGGGAUAAAAUAUAACAUGGGAUUCCAGCAACCAAAAAAAGACUGUGUUUCCAGCAAUAACCAGGAUAGAAGAUUAAGAAAAAACGCCGCAGAUGGAGCAGCACCAGUAAGGCAGAGCGAUUCAUUAGAGCCAUCUGAAAGUGUGCCCACUAAGCUUCAAAGCACAGACAGAAGGCAAAGCAGCAUCAUGUUUGCUGUGAAAGAUCAACAGAAAGGUGAAGAAACUGAAUCCAUCAUGCUCCAUAAACGCAGGAGGAGGUUUAUAAUUAAAAAGAGCCCAAUUCUGAUUUCCAUGAACGGCUCUGUUCUCAACCUGCCCACACUUAAAUCUGAGGACAGAAACAACAACAAGUGGAGGAGUCUCUAUCAGAUCCAAGGAGAAAGGAAGCGGAUUAUGAGGGAAACCUGCUCAAAAUACAAGAGUAAUAACAGAAGAAUAAUCACUCCUUACCAUGUUUCUAGGAUAUUUGUAGAGGAUAAAUAUAGAGUUUUAUACUGUGAGGUACCAAAAGCUGGCUGCUCGAACUGGAAACGGGUGCUCAUGGUGCUCAAUGGCCUGGCUUCUUCCACAAAAGAUAUCCAGCACAACACAGUGCACUACGGGAACUACUUAAAAAGGCUGGAUGGGUUUGAUCACAAGGGAAUUUACCACAGGCUCAACACUUACACAAAGAUGCUGUUUAUCCGUGAGCCUUUCGAAAAGCUGGUGUCUGCGUUUCGGGACAAGUUUGAGCAUCCGAACAACUACUACCACCCGGUGUUUGGAAAAGCCAUCAUCUCCAGGUACCGGGUCAAUGCCACCAAAGAAGCACUAAGGACAGGCUCUGGAGUCAAGUUUAAAGAGUUCAUUCAGUACCUCCUGGAUGUCCAUAGGCCAGUGGGUAUGGAUAUACACUGGGAUCACGUCAACAGGCUUUGCAGCCCGUGUUUGAUAGACUACGACUUCGUGGGGAAAUUUGAGAGCAUGGAAGAAGAUGCAAACUUUUUCUUGCACUUAAUCGGUGCUCCACAAAAUUUGACUUUCCCCAAGUUCAAAGAUCGGCACUCCAAUGAAGAAAGAACCACCACGAAAAUUACACAGCAGUAUUUUGCACAGCUCUCUCCUUCCCAACGACAACAGAGCUACGACUUCUACUAUAUGGAUUACUUGAUGUUUAACUACUCAAAACCCUUUGAAGAUUUGUAUUGAUUUGAGAGUUGGGACAUUUCCACAGUCACAUCAGUUGAAUUGUAUAACAAAUCCAGGUGGUUUCCGUUUAUAUACAUUUAUCUGUUAGUGGACAAGUGGUUGAAGAGCAGGAAAAAAACCCAAAAUAGAACAUAAACAGAUGUUUACACCUUCACCUUAAUUGCCUCCUUUUUCAAAUCAUAUUUUUUCUAUAAUUUCUCCAUACGAAAUGUAUGUACAUAUAUGUAUAAUAUGUUAGGGUGCCCAAAUAAAGCACAGAAUUUUCCAUGCUGGUGUGGCCUGUGUUUGCACUGGGAGGAGAGUUUCAAACCAGGGUAAGGCAGCUGGCAGUCCCACAGUGGAGCCAGUAUUUCAAGCCCUUUGCUGGUUAGAAAAUAAGUCUGAAAGUGAGGGAGUAGCAAGGAAAAAAAUACACUAAGUAAUAUUUACAGUUCAUUGAAAUCUGCAAGGCAUGCAGCCACACACUAAACAGGCACCAUGUGUUGGAAGCUGGAUGGUGAUUCCCGUUU